AUGCCCACCCGAUUGACAACAAUAUCAACUGCUGAGGAUCAUAUUCCUGACAGUCAGGCUCAUGAAACGCGGGAUCCAAUUGUGGAAGAAUUCCAAGAGCAAGGGUCUCCAAUUCCCUUGCUGAGUCAUGGAUGGGACGGUGCAGAUCCCUCGCACCACUACCGAAAAUCGCCAAUGUACCGAGGAGUUGUGGAAACCCUGAGGGAAGAAGCCUCUGCCUUAAACGAGAUGCCUCGCGCUCUUCGAAUGACCGCACGGAGGAAGGCGGAUCGGAUGAGGAUCCAUCCCCAUAAGCCCGGUCUCCUGCUUUAUCGUGAGAAAAACGGAGUGUGGACGCCCUGUCUGGUCGAAAGUGAGAUCGAAGCCGCACUUUCUGGGUUCCACGACGAUCAUGGGCAUUUCUCUGCCGCUUUUGACCCUGAAUCAAAUCCAGCUGGGCCUCACCGGCGAAUCCAGGAAUUCGAACCAAUGAACAUGAUCGGUAUGGACUUCUUGGGUCCGAUCCAGCCUACGUGUGAAACGGGAGCCAGGUAUAUCCUCGUGGUCAUCGAUUAUUUCUCCCGAUUUGUCUGGACUGCAACUUGCUCCCGAGCCAACGAUGAUCUCGUGGCAUCCACUUUGAAGAAGGCGUGUUAUGCAAAACCGCGAAGCAUCCGUCGAUGGAGCCAGGUGCUUCGAGAGGCUUCACCUUCUAUGAACACUAGGCUAGUUCGCGUCCACGGAUAUACGCCGGCAGAGCUGUUGCUUGGGUUUAAUCCCCGAACAAGACUAUACGACACUGGCAUUAUUUAUCUGGCUACUCUCGAGGAAUGGCAAUCCUCGGAUCCGGCGCCCGAGCACCUUCUACGCCUAUAUAAUAUGUAUCGUGGUGAGCGCCGACAGGCUGGAUCCGAAGCAGUGGCUUUGGCGAACGCCUUGGCCCUGGAGAAAUAA